GUUCAACCACAAUAUGCUCUUUUGCCGGAGCUAAAGUCAAGGAUGGCGCAUCAAAGUUAAAAUCACAGCCAGCGAAUUCAAGAGAGCUUAGAACGGGCAGGCAGGCGGGGCAUCACUUCAAGCUUCUCACGGCUCAACAUCCAUUCUCUACUUUAAUAACUGCCAAAGCACGUGAUAUCCAUCUUCAUCAACAACGGGCGAAUCUCACUCUUAUACAACAGCAUAAAUAAGUCCCACAAGAAUCUGGCGACUUUUUCAAGCACGGCGGUGGAUAAAACGACGGAGCGACCAACCGUGAUCCAAUUUAAGAGAGCCAAAAACGAGAGGACGACCUCAUCACCGGGCUGCCCAUUUCACUCAGACACGCAACCCGUCCCUCCUCACCACCUCAAAAAAACGAAACCAUAAAAAUGACAGACACCUCCCGUUGGAAAUCCACCGUCUACGUCGGCGGGCUCGCCCCCGCCGUGACCCGGACGACGCUCCAAGAAGCCUUCCUGCCCUUCGGCGAGAUCGCCGACGUGGCGCUGCCCAAGAACGAGAACCCCAGCACGGCGGCGGCCGAGCCGCACCGCGGGUUCGCCUACGUCGAGUUCGAGGACGUCGAGGACGCCAAGGAGGCCAUCGACAACAUGGACCAGGCCGAGCUGUUCGGGAGAGUCAUCAAGGUGUCGGCGGCCAAGGCGCCCAAGAGCGCGGGUCAGGCGCUCGGCGGGAAGACCGCUGUUUGGGAGCAGGAAGGGUGGUUGGCCGAGAAUGCUGUUAGCGAGGAGGACAGGCUCGCCACGGACCAGGCUCAAAACGCGAGGCCCGACGACCCGAUGCAGGGGCUAGAGGGGCUGGAUGUUGCUGGGCCGAAACCGGAAUGAUGGUUUGUAUCGGUGGAACUCAGGAACAGAUACCGUAC